UCCUGCUCGCUGGCUGCCUGUCUGCCUGUCUCCUGUGGAGGGUUCUCUUGAAGGAGUUUGUGCAGAGGAAGUCUGCAGCCCAGCCUGGAUUAUCUGGAUGCUGCUGAGAGCAAAGGAUUGUCUGAGCAGAGCAAGGCACAGAGAUCUGGGAUAACAUCCACACUGACACGAUGGAUUCUGGGGGGACCUGGUUUGGGGCUUUUCUGUGUGUGCUGCUGUCUGCUGUGUGGCCCCUUGGAUCAACAGCUGCAAACUAUAAUUGCAAUGAUCCCUUGGUUUCCCAGCUGCCGCACUCGGCGUUUGACAGCUCCUCGCAACUGUUCAGCCACAGCAACGUGAAGCUCAACAGCCACAAUGGAGCUGGUGGCUGGACGCCGCUGGAAUCAAAUGGGAAGCAAUGGCUGCAGGUGGAUCUAGGAGAGCGAUUCAACAUCACCGGGGCAGCCACGCAAGGCAGAUACGGAAGUUCUGAUUGGGUCACACGUUUUAGCGUGAUGUUCAGCGACACGGGACGCAACUGGAAACCGUAUCAUCAUGACAACACCAUCUGGGUCUUUUCAGGGAACACGAAUGCGGACGGUGUGGUGAACCACAGAUUUCCCAAUUCUAUAAAAGCCAGAUUCCUCAGAUUUGUGCCGCUAGAGUGGAAUACCAACGGGAGAAUCGGGAUGAGAGUGGAAGUCUACGGGUGUUCAUAUAAAUCUGAUGUGGCGGACUUUGAUGGCAGAAGCUCGCUCCUCUACAGGUUCAAUCAGAAACUGAUGACCACAUAUAAAGAUGUCAUCUCCCUGAAGUUCAAGAGCAUGCAGAGUGAUGGAGUAUUAUUUCACGGAGAAGGACAACGCGGGGAUUAUAUAACGCUGGAGCUACAGAAAGGGAGAUUGUCUCUCUCCAUUAACCUGGGUGAUGCCAAGCUGCGUUUCGGGAAUACUCACACCCUGGUGACCUUGGGAAGCCUCUUGGAUGAUCAGCACUGGCAUUCUGUUUUGAUUGACCGAUUCAACAAACAGGUCAACUUCACGGUGGACAAAUACACCCAACACUUCCGCACCAAGGGCGAGUCCGAUGACUUAGACAUCGAUUAUGAGUUCAGCUUUGGAGGAAUUCCAGUCCCUGGGAAGCCCGGCACGUUUCUGAAGAGGAAUUUCCACGGCUGCAUGGAGAACCUGUACUACAACGGAGUGAAUGUUAUUGAUCUGGCCAAGAGACGCAAACCUCAGAUCUACAUUGGGAACAUCACGUUUUCCUGCUCCGAGCCCCACAUCGUCCCCAUCACGUUCACAAGUCCCAGCACCAGCUUCCUCCUACUGCCCGGCACCCCGAUGAUGGACGAUCUGGCGGUCAGCUUCCAGUUCCGGACGUGGAACAGUGACGGCCUUCUGUUGUCCACCAAACUGUCUGGGGAUUCCGGAAUGCUCCUGCUCCAGCUGUAUUCUGGGAAGUUGCUGCUAAUGAUUCAGAAGGAGAUGGUCAACGUUCUACCAAUAACCACAGGCAGUGGUUUAAAUGACGGUUUAUGGCACACGGUUACAAUUAACGCAAGAAGACAUCGCAUCUCCCUGACGUUAGACAACGGGGCUACGGCACCUGUCCAUGUCACCAUGGCUGUACAGAUUUCCACAGGACACCGCUAUUAUUUUGGAGGCUGCCCGGAUCAUCCAGCCACCUCGUCUUGUAUAAAUCCAAUUUCAUCAUUCCAAGGAUGUAUGAGGCUCAUCUUUAUUGAUAAUCAACCCAAGGACCUCGUCUUGGUUCAGCGCGGCGUCCUGGGGAAUUUCAGCGACUUGCAGAUUGAUAUGUGUGGCAUAAAAGACAGAUGCCUGCCAAAUCACUGCGAACAUGGCGGAACGUGCUCGCAGACUUGGAGCACCUUCCACUGCGACUGCGGGGACACGGGCUACGCCGACGCCACUUGCCAUAGCUCUCUGUAUGAACAGUCAUGUGAGGCCUACAAGAACAAGGGUUACCCGUCUGACUUUUACUACAUCGACUCCGAUGGCAGCGGGCCUCUUGGACCUGUGCGUGUCUUCUGCAAUAUAACUGAAGAGAAAGUCUGGACCAUUGUUGAGCACAACAUCACCGAUCUAACUCCUGUACGCGGAUCCAUUACUGGGAGGCCGUACUCAGCCACAUUUAACUACAGCGCCAGUGCUGAACAGCUGGAGGCCGUGAUCAACAGUGUGGAAUACUGCGAACAGGAAGUGGUCUAUCACUGCAAACAUUCACGGCUGCUCCAUUCACCUAGUGGAAACCCGUACACGUGGUGGAUUGGAAGAGGGAACGAGAGACACACCUACUGGGGCGGAUCCCUGCCUGGGCAAUGUGCCUGUGGACUGGAGGAGAGCUGCAUCGAUAAUAGCCAUUACUGCAACUGUGACGCUGAUGGACAAGACUGGACAAAUGACACCGGGUUCCUGGCCUUCAAAGAACAUUUGCCAGUCUCUCAAAUUGUGAUCACCGAUACAAACAGAUCAGGGUCGGAGGUGGCAUGGAAAAUCGGUCCUUUGCGUUGCUACGGAGACAGAAAUUUUUGGAAUUCCGCAUCAUUCACCACUCUGGCAUCCUACCUCUACUUUCCAACAUCACAUGUGGAUUUCAGCACUGACAUUGUGUUCUUCUUCAAAACUACCAGCUCCUCCGGGGUCUUUCUGGAAAUUAUUGGUGUGAAAGACUUUAUAAGAGUCGAGUUAUUCUCUCCCUACCAGGUGACAUUUUCAUUCGAUGCGGGAAACGGGCCCAUGGAGGUUUCUAUGCAGUCCGUCACGGCCUUGAAUGAUGGUCAAUGGCAUCACGUCAGAGCCGAGAGGAAUAUUAAGGAAUCCAGCCUUGUUGUGGAUAACCAGCCGAGGAAACUGGUACAGACCCUGUUUGAUGGGCGUCCCCGACCGCUGCUGAAUGCUCAGCUCUAUGUGGGAGGGACGGUGUCCAAGCAGAAGGGUUUCCUUGGGUGUAUCCGCUACCUCCAUCUGAAUGGACAGACCUUGGAUCUGGAGGAAAAGGCCAAAGUGACCUUAGGGAUCAGGCCAGGGUGUUCCGGCCACUGUAGCAGUUAUGGGAACUUGUGUCACAACAAUGGCAAGUGUGUGGAGAAACGCAAUGGAUACAUAUGUGACUGCACAAACUCCGCCUUUGAGGGACCCUACUGCAAGAAAGAGGUUUCUGCAAUGUUUGAAGCCGGGACCUCGGUCACCUAUGUUUUCCAGGAGCCCUAUCCAGUGUCCAGGAACAGCAGUGCAUCAGCCUCGUCAAUAUAUGCAGAUACAGUGAUAUCCAGGGAAAAUAUCGCCUUCAGCUUUAUGACAGCACAAGCUCCGAGCCUCUUACUCUACAUUGACUCCUUCUACCAGGACUACCUGGCCGUACUGCUCUGCAGAAAUGGUAGUUUACAAGUGAGGUAUAAACUCGGCAGAGACGGGAUGUAUGUCUAUACGUUGGGCUUGAAGAGACUAGACAGUCGAAAGCUGCACCAUGUGAAGAUCACAAGAGAAGGGAAGGAGCUGACAAUCCAGAUUGACAAAAUCACGAAGCAGCGGCAUCACUUCCUAUCGGAUAUCUAUUUCAAGGCCAUCAAGUCUCUCACGCUGGGUAAAGUCUUAGAUAACCCGGGACUCCACCCAGAAGUCUCCCGAGCAAAUUCAUUGGGUUUUGUCGGUUGCCUCUCCUCUGUCCAGUACAACCAAGUGGCUCCCCUCAAAGCAGCUCUCCGACACCCCGGCACAGCCCCGGUGACAGUCGUCGGGUCAUUGUCCGAAUGUAACUGUAGCUCCAUCGCAGAGAGCGAUCUCAGCACCAUUACGACAACAUACUCAUCCUCAGAUCCUUUCGGAAAUACCGAUGACCGAGAACCCCUAACGGAUGAAGUGAAAAGUGGUCCGGCUGUCAUUGGAGGUGUCAUAGCGAUAACGAUAUUCAUCAUUUUUUGCAUUGCGGCCAUCAUGACCAAGAUCCUCUACCAACAUAAAAAGACACACGGCAAAAGCCAACCUAAGGAGAAAGAGUAUUCCGGGAACAUUGACUAUCCCUUCCGAAACGAGAUGGACUUACAGAACACAGUGAGCGAGUGCAGAAAGGAGUAUUUUAUUUAACAGACUGGAUUUCUAGAACAUUUGUUUUCUCCUAUUUUUUGGGCUCUUUUUAGCUGAUCCUUUACAGCCUUUUCCUUGGA